AAGGACUGGGACGAACGCUUGGGUGGCUCUCCCUUUCCCUUUUUCGCGGUCGUCUUCUAGUCUCACUCUCUCUCUCUCACUCUCUUUGAGUGCGUUCUUUCUCGUUGGCACCGGCAUUUCCCUUCCUCUCUCUCUCGCUCUCUCUGCGCCUGCUUGUUGGCGAACCAUUUUGUUUUAAGAGCUUUGCUUCUAACAAACAGACAACAAAUUCACAAAGUCAGUCAGUUCGUCGCCGACGUUGAAGGCGCAAGGAUACGCACAGCGCUUCCAAGAGGAAUCUCACCGUUUUCAUUACCCGUACGUGUCAAAUUGAAUCGCGCGCCAAAUUGGAUAGUUUCGAAAGUGAAUUUGAAAGACAAUUAAAAACAAAGUGUAUUCUAUCUAAACCAGUUCUGUCUGGCUUUCAAUCAUACUGGCCAUGUCGCGACGAAAGCAGGCGAAACCGCGAGCAUGUCUUAAACUUGGCGAAAAGGAGGAGGACGAAAAUGGUGGGGAGGAGAUCUGCAAUGUGGAGGAUCUGCUAGAGCCCAAAGAGGAAUUGCUUAGUGCGGACGAAUCGGCUGAUAUUGAGGACGACGACAACGAUGAUGAUGAUGAUAAUGCUGAGGAGAAGGGUGCGAGAGGAGAGGAAGGGAAAGAUUUGAAGUCGAGGCAAAAACCCAAUGAAUCACAGCCCAAAAGCUGGAGAACAGCUGAUGAUGAUGAUGCUGCUGCUGCUGCUGAUACCACAACUGCUGUAAAAGAAGAUGGAGACGAAGAAGUACAACACCCUGGAGAGGAGGAAGUUGCAUGCACCACUGCUUUGACUGCUCCUGCUGCUUGUGUUGUUGUUGCUGCUUCAGUUGCCAACGGGCACUGCAAGUCCUUGUCCGUGGGCGACGUUGGCGUUGCUGAGAAUGAGCCGGGAUGCAGCAUGGGAGAAGGCCAAGAUGAUGAUCAGGACGAUGACUAUUUGACUAAUCUGAGCGACAAUGAUGAUGAAGAUGAACUGCAGAGUCUGGACAGCUUUUACUCAGAUAUGUACAGCACUCACACCUCGUCCAGCUACUCGCCCAGCAUUUCGGAUGGGACCCUGACACCCAAUUCCCAUCACCAUUUGCCCGCCUCGGCCGUAUCCGGCUUGUCUGAGGAUCUGCAAACAGAACACAAGGCUCAUGCCGACCGUGACCAAAAGGAUCCCGCACAGCUAUUCAAGCCCAAGCGUCCCUCACACUUCCAUCAUCAUCAUCAUCACCACUACCAUCAUCAGCAGGCUCUGAAAAUUGCCAACAAGUUGCGCAAAAUCAAUAAGGAGGCCAACAAAAUGGGUUCAGGCAGUGGCACUGGCGCCACCGAAGAUGGAGCAACUGGCAUUGGAGGCGUCUCCUCGGAUGCCACCACAAAGUUUGAUAAGUUGACAGGCGAAAGCAUUAAAAGCCGAGGCGACGGUUCCUAUCAGUGUCAGUUCUGUGAUAAAUCAUUUCCGCGACUCGGUUACUUGAAGCAUCACGUGCAGAGCCAUGCCGAACAUCUGCCAUUCAAGUGCGAGUACUGUGCCAAGCUCUUCAAGCACAAGCGUUCCCGAGAUCGUCAUAAGAAACUGCAUACAAAUGAGCGAAACUACAAGUGUCCGCAUUGCGAGGCGGCAUUUUCGAGAAGCGAUCAUCUGAAGAUCCACAUGAAAACCCAUGACAUCCAGAAGCCGUUCCAGUGCAGCAUGUGUAAUCGUGGCUAUAAUACGGCAGCCGCUCUGACCUCGCACAUGCAAAAGCACAAGAAGAACGCCGCCAUUUUGGCUGCUGGGGGCAAUCCCAAUGCCCUCAACUACAGUCCGAGAUCAACGGGUUCCGCAUCGGUGUCUUCGAGUAAUAGCAGUCUGCACAAGCGUCGCUAUGCCUUGGCUUUGGCCAAUAAUGACAGCAGUAGUCGGAGUCCGAGUCGUUUGGAUUAUCCGAAACGUUCAAGGAUCACAAACACAAACCAAUCUACACCCACUCCUCUGCUAAGGUGCAGCUACUGCCCCAAGGUGACAGAGUUCAGUAGUCUGGAACAAUUGAAUGCCCACUUGCAAAGUGUCCAUGAACAUCAGCAGCAGCAGCAGCAGCAACAACAGGAACAACAGCAACAACAAACAGAGUCAGAGUCCUUCGAGCUGAACUGUGAGUACUGUACCAUGAAAUUUGGCAACAUUGCGGGACUUUUCCAGCACAUGAGGACCACCCAUUUGGAUAGGCUCAGUUCGCCACCAUCCAUUGCCAGCUACUAUGAGCAUCUCAAUCGCCUAGAAAUGCCGAAGCAGAUGAAACAGGACCUGUCUAGCCCACAGCGGAAGGCAGAAGAGCCAGAGGAACUACCAACAGACUUGAGUAGCAACAAGAGACAGAUGGAGGAGCCAACCCAAACUCCUGCAGCCGGACCUGUCCCACCUCCAGGUGUCUUCUUUUGCAACCAAUGCAAUGCAGGCCUGCCGGACUUUGACAGCUUUCGCAAUCAUCUCAAGACUCACAUAGCCGAAGGAAUGCAAUUGAUAUGUCCACAUUGUGGCCUCACUUUGCCAGAACAACAGGAGUACGAGCGUCAUGUGGUUGCCCAUUUCCUGAUCACCAACUCAGAGUUUAAUUGCAGUAGUUGCGGUAAGAGUUUUGCCAAAGCUGAAGAUCUGCAGCAACAUUUACUAGCCGACCAUGUCGUGACCAUUUUGAAGUGCUCCUUGUGUUCGGAGCUCUGCGAAAAUCGAAUGGCCAUGCAGUUGCAUCUGGCCUGUGCCCACAGCCAGGAAACAAAGCUGUUGAGAUGCAGUGCCUGCAUGGAGCUCUUCCGUUCUGAUUCAGAGUUCCAUGUACAUGUGAAGACACGUCAUCAAUUAGCCCUGGGCAAUCAGACAAGCAGCGGUCUGGGAUCAGUGUCAAGUGGUGUGAGCCCAACCAAUCCUCUCCAGUGCAUGUUUUGUCGUGCCGUUUGCUCCUCGGAGCUAGAGAUGCACUUCCAUUUAGCGGCACAUGCUCGACAAUUCCGUUGUCCUUCUUGUCCGGAAACAUUUCAUGUCGAGUUUUUGCUCGACAGGCAUAUGCAGAGCCAACAUGGCGGGGUGAAGGACAACAAGGAGCAAUCCUCCCCCAAUAUGGCUAUGGGAAGUCUAUAUGUGAAUGCCCUGUUGCCUCCUCUGGCUGCCGCUGCCGCAGCCGCUGUAACGAACAACAACAAUAACAUCAUUGACUACAACGUGGCCUUCAAAUUCAAGGGUCUCUUUGGUGGUGGGGGAGGAGGACCACCCACAGCUCCAUCCAAGUUCUACAGCCCCCUACAAGUAGAUACAAAAGCACAACAGCCCUCACCCCACCCGGCACUGAUGUACGGACUGAGUCAGAGAUAUCUCAUGGAAAUGUAUAAGGCCAAGUCCAUUUCACCCGCUCCGCCCGCUUCCACAGAGCCACCGCCGGGAUCUGCGGCAGCACCACCCCCGGCCACCUUCAGUUGCGGCAUGUGCGAGCGCCAAGAUCUUCGCAGCGAGGCUGAACUUCACUCCCAUCGCAAGUUGGCCCACAAUCUGAAAACCGGUGUCAGUCUACGUUGUGCAUACUGCGCGGGUAAUUUCAAGUCCAGGGCCGAACUGGAGCAGCACAUGAAGAGCUGUCACAAUUCGACGGGCAAGCACAAAUGCCUAAUUUGUGACGAGAUAUUCCCCUCACCCGCGAUCCUGGCCGAGCACAAACUGCAGCACUCAAAGGUGGGACAGUCGGGCAAGUGCUCGCACUGUUCGCAUCAAUUGGAGGAUGUGGCCGCCUUCCGCAAUCAUCUCACGGAGCACGGAAGCGAUGGAAGCCUGCCGCUGGCCUGCAUUUGUUGCCGCCAAACUCUGCACUCCGAGUUCGAAUUGUCCUUGCAUGCCAAGUUCCACACUAAAUCAUCGGCAGGCACUUCUAGAGGCAGCCUCCAGGAGCCAGUGUGUGCCUUGUGUCUUGAGCCGCUUCCGCCCACUGGACCACCAAUUGAUGGCCACAUCCCUGCCAAACUUUGUGAGAAGUGUUUGCGUAAACAUAAUUUGAAUGGCAAAAGAAACAAGCUAUCCGAGUCGCCAUCGGUCAAUGUGGCUCCGGCGACCGCGACGGCUGUUGCUCCCAACCAUUCCCCGUUUCUGGAGAAUCGCUGCAAUCUAUGCAAAAUGAUUCUGCCCCAUGCCCAAAAACUUCAAGAGCAUCUGGUUGAGCACACUUUUGCUGGCACCGAACAGCGUGGAUUCAAUUGCUACAUCUGUUCGGCAGUGUUCACUGCUCCCGGAGGACUUCUCAAUCACAUGUCGGUGGAGCAUGGCGCCCACUCGCGACCCUAUGAUUGCAACUUGUGUCCGGAGAAGUUCUAUUUCCGAGCUGAGCUAGAGCACCACCAGCGAGGACAUGAAUUGCGACCAGCCCCUCCGAGUCGCCUAUCCUUAAGUAAACAAGAGCCGCCCUGUACCCUAGGCAGUCCAAGUCUUAGUCCCGCAACGGUUAAACUUGAGCUCUACGAAUCGGAAACUCAAGCCUCUGAUGUUGACAAUGGCGAGGAAGGAACGACCAACGCUGCCCAGGAAGAGGAGGAGUACAUUGAAGUGGAACAAAUGCCUCAUGAGACGCGAUCGGAGGAGUUAAUGGAACGGUCUAGCAACAGCUCUUAAUGAGAGAAAGAAACAGACAACAGAAGAACUGAAGAAAACAACUUUAACUAGACAAUUUAUAAAGGAAACAUAUUUUAUUGUAUUUAUAAGACUAAUUCUUUUACUCGGCAAAUGAAAAGUACUUGCCACUAUACUGCUUUCAAUUAGCAUUACAUUCCACAUACUUAGUAUCCGUAAUAUCCCUAGCUUAUAUCCUCAACUAAAAUGUUCAUUUGACAUCUGCCUAGGGUAGUAGGUCCACAAAAUAUAUAUAUAUACUAUAUAUCGUGUAGUUUUCUUAACAAGAAUUUUGUGUGUGAUAGUUUUUUAAUGAUAAAUCAUUUCUAUAAACCAUAUACUAGAAAUAACUAGAUGAAAUGACAACGCCUUGCGUUUUUCUUAUUCCGCAGUAUUUUUAUGCCCAAAACGUUGUAACUUACAUGCAUAGUUAUACAUAUAUCUUAUAUAAGCACCAAAGCAUUUUGAUUGUGUAGAAAUACUUACAA